GUUUUGGGGAGAGCGCCGGUUCCUCCGAUUUCAGCAGAAAGCGUGAGAAACAUAAAGCAGAGAAGCGAAAUCCUCAUAUAGACGCGAACAAUCUCGGGAGAUUAACGUAGUACAGUAUGUCGGAUCCAUACGAAAGAGUGAAAGGAGGGAGGUUGAGCUUCAAAGGCGGAACCCUCGCCACGCGUAGCAAAACCAUCGAGAAGAAGAAAAAGAAGAAGAAGAACAAGCACAACGACGCUCCUGCCGACGGUGAAAUCGACUCUUCGAAACUCGAGAACCAGGAGGAGGCCUCCGCCGCCGACGGAGGAGGACGGUCGGGAGAAACCUACACGAUCGACGCCGCGAAGAAAAUGAAGUACGACGAGCUGUUCCCGGUUGAGGCUAAGAAGUUUGGCUACCAACCCAAGACCAACUUCAAGUCUAUCGAGGAAGCCCUUGAUGAUCGCGUCAAGAAGAAAGCUGAUCGUUAUUGUAAAUAAUUGUUGUGCCUUCAGUGUUCUGCCCAUCUCCAAAGUCUUGGUCCCCUUUUGUUCGGAUCUACGAAGCCCAGGGAAAUGUGAUUCUUUGUGUUGCAGCAUGCUUUCUCUACUGGUGUAUAUACCGUAUUUGUAAAUAUCAGAAGGAGAUCCAAAGUCUGGAGGAAGUGGAGAAAAGAUACAAGGCUCAAUAGUUUUCAUAAGGCCACACCAUCUCUGCUCGGGAUCUCCUUAGUACCAUCAAUCCUGAAGCUUAGAUGUUAGUGCUUUUGUAAACUCUGUAUAGUUGUCCAAAUUUAUAUAUAUUUCCUUUUCAUUAAAAAAAAAAA